AUGCGGGAUGUUCGACGGUUAAUGUGCUUGGUUGUGCAGGAUAUUGAGGGGGUUGAGAAGUGCGGGAGGCUGUCUGUGUUGGUGGAGGAGAGUGGUGUGGUGGCGGUGGGGUUUGUGCUGCUAAAGGAAAAGAACGUGCUUUUGACAAUGGAGCAUGCCUGCAAGGAAGAAUUUAAACUCUUUCCUAAUCCAGAGAGAAUAGAUAAGGUGGAAGAGAGUAUGAAGAAUCUUGAGGAAGUUGUGCGAGAAAGAAACAAAGCAUAUUGGCUUUUGGAAACCGGGGAGACAGGGGAGAGACCAGGUGCCAAAGUCAGGGAUGAAGUAGGUCGUCUAGUUUACAAGAGGUUCACAGAACAUGCAGUUCCAAUUUGGUUGCAUAAACAGAGCAAGGAAAGUAUACACCGAGGAGCAGCUGUGAGGCGUUUCCAGAGGUACAUGAGAGAGAAAAGAGCAAUUGAAAACAGAAGAUCCAGAAGGCGAAUUCGCAAUCACGUGUGCGGACUUCUGCGUCGUUUCCCCAAUGCAAACCUGGAGGCCAUGCAAGAACAUUUCCCAGAGGUGGAUGUAGGAAUACAGCGUUUUGCAUCGAGAUCUCGAGGAAACCACAGAAAUAUAGCUUAAGAAGUUUUUUUGUCACAGAUUUAACAAGUGAGGAUGCAGAUAAAGGUGUAGUGAAAAGGAUGCAGGGAUUUUACCUGUUAACAAUGUUGUUUUUUUUCCUACUGAAAAAUGAAUAUUUCUUGUUUCUUUAUGAAGGAUGUGUAAAUAUGAAAUCAAUAAAAUAAUAAUUAAAAUAA